CCUAAAAACAAAAGAAGAAGAAAGAGGGCGGGGCUUCGUUCACGUGACUUUACUGUGGAAGCCAAAGCUAGCCGGGCAACUGUUUGUUUACAGAUGGACCGUAAAUAUAAUAGCUUUUGUGGCUAAAAAAAAAAAAAACAAGUUAAUAAAGACAAAGUGCUGUUUUAGCAUCAUAUAGGUUUAAUUUAAAAGAAAGUUUAUUUUCACAACGAACUAAACCGUAACCGAGCAGAGGAGGAAGUAACGCCAGACAGUAAAUUAUGUCAACUAAAAUUAACGCAACAAGAAGCAAAGACAGCGGAGAAGUUAUUAAAAACUACCACAAGCAAGCGUUUGAGUACAUAUCCAAAGCGUUAAGGAUCGACGAAGAUGAUACAGUAGAUAAAGGGGAAGCUGUGCAGUGGUACAAGAGAGGGAUCUCUGAGCUGGAAAGAGGCAUUGCUGUGGACAUCACAGGAACAGGAGAUCAAUAUGAUCGGGCGAAGAGACUGCAAGAUAAAAUGGUCGCCAACCUCACCAUGGCCAAAGAAAGACUUGCGUUGUUGGAGGCCACAUUGGAAUCUAAAAGUAGAAGUCAUCCACAGCCCACAUCCAGCUGUGUUCUUCCACAGUCAAAGCCUAAAAGCCAUCCAUCGGUUUCAGCCUCAUCCACCACCUGCAGGCCCUCCACCGUUGUCAGACCCCCAACGAGACCCUCCGACCCAAAGGUGACACCGCGCAUGGGAAGAGUUCAGAACGGGAAAGCUACAGCUGGGAAGCAGCCGCCAAAGAGAGACAUGAGAAACUUCAAGAAUGUAGACAGUAAACUGGCCAGCUUGAUCCUGAAUGAAAUUGUUGACAGGGGGACGUCUGUGUCUUUCGAUGACAUUGCAGGACAAGAUCUGGCCAAACAAGCACUUCAAGAAAUUGUCAUCCUUCCUUCCUUGAGACCAGAGCUGUUCACUGGCCUGAGAGCACCUGCUCGUGGUUUACUGUUAUUUGGACCCCCUGGAAAUGGGAAAACUAUGCUGGCAAAAGCUGUGGCUGCAGAGUCUAAUGCUACAUUCUUCAAUAUAAGUGCUGCUAGUUUGACAUCAAAAUAUGUAGGAGAAGGUGAGAAGCUUGUACGAGCGCUGUUUUCAGUUGCGAGAGAAUUACAACCUUCUGUCAUCUUCAUCGAUGAAGUGGACAGCUUGCUCUGUGAGCGGAGGGAGGGGGAACACGACGCCUCUCGACGCUUAAAAACCGAGUUCCUCGUAGAGUUCGACGGGGUGCAGUCGGGAGGGGACGAGAGGGUUCUGGUGAUGGGAGCAACCAACAGGCCGCAGGAGCUCGAUGAAGCAGUUUUACGGCGCUUUGCUAAAAGAAUUUACGUGGCACUGCCGGACGAGAAGACCAGAUUGACUCUGAUGAAAAACCUUUUGGGAAAACACGGGAAUCCUUUGAGCCCGAAUGAACUGUCCUACCUUUCGAAAGCGACAGCAGGGUUUUCAGGAAGCGAUCUCACGUCGUUAGCCAAAGAUGCUGCUCUCGGACCCAUCAGAGAGCUGGGACCGGAUCAGGUUCGGAACAUAUCUGCGAAAGAGAUGCGCAACAUCAAGAUGAAAGACUUCGAGGACUCCCUGAAGCGCAUCAAACCAACCGUCAGUCCGGCCACGCUGAGCAUGUACACCAAGUGGAACAAAGAAUUUGGAGACACGACAGCUUUUUGAACUUCACUCUUUUCAUUUGUAAGAGCUGCUUGGAACCAGGAAGUGCCGUGCUGUAAGUUCAGCAGCUUGUAAUUUAUGAAUAUUCUGACGUUUUGGGAGAAUUAUGCGAUAAUUUCCUGUUUUAU